UCCUCCCUACGCUCACAGAGUGCUCACAUACUCUCUGUCUGCCUGCAAAGGGAAACUGGCCUCAGUGCGGCUCUCAACUCUGCAGAAGCCAUCUCCUGGGAUGCUCCUCUGAUAGCAUCUCUUCUUGAGUUGUGGAUUUGGAAAUUUGAGUCUGUGGGAAUUAUUAUUUUCCUAGUGGAGGACACUUCGGCAACACAGAUCAAGCAUCGGGAGACAAGACGCACAGACGACAGGGAGCAAUGAUGGAACUCAGGAUCCAGCUCAUCCCAACAGGGGAAAUCAUCCUUUCUCCUGGGAAAAAUGUGGAAGACUACUGCCACAACUGCAAGGUGGUGGGUACCGACGGGGUGCGGGCUAUGAUGGAGUCGGCCCUGACAGCAAGAGACAGAGUGGGUGUGCAGGACUUUGUCCUGCUGGAGAACUACACGAGCGAGGCUGCUUUCAUAGAGAACCUUCGCAAACGCUUCAAAGAGAACCUCAUCUAUACUUACAUUGGCUCCGUGCUGGUGUCCGUUAACCCAUAUAAAGACUUGGAGAUCUAUACCAAGAACCAUAUGCAGCGAUACCGUGGGGUCAACUUCUAUGAGGUCUCACCACACAUCUACGCAGUGGCCGAUAACUCGUACCGUUCUAUGAGGACAGAGAGGAAAGACCAGUGCAUCCUAAUCUCUGGCGAGAGUGGAGCCGGGAAGACUGAAGCAUCAAAGAAGAUCCUGCAGUACUACGCUGUGACCUGUCCAGCCAGUGAGCAGGUGCAGACCAUCAAAGACCGCCUUCUGCAGUCCAACCCUGUGCUCGAGGCCUUUGGCAAUGCCAAGACAUUGCGUAACGACAAUUCCAGUCGCUUUGGCAAGUACAUGGAUAUCCAAUUCGACUUCAAGGGUGCCCCGGUGGGAGGUCACAUCAUUAAUUACCUGCUGGAGAAGUCGCGUGUGGUUCACCAGAACCACGGUGAAAGGAACUUUCACAUCUUCUAUCAGCUGAUUGAGGGAGGUGAGGAAGACCUGCUGAGACGGCUGGGUUUAGAGAGGAACCCUCAGCAGUAUCAGUAUCUAGUCAAAGGUAACUGUCCCAAAGUGAGCUCCAUAAAUGACCGCAGUGAUUGGAAGGUGGUGAGGAAGGCCUUGACUGUGAUUGGCUUUAACGAGGAUGAGGUUGAGGAGUUAUUGAACAUAAUCGCCAGUGUACUUCACUUGGGGAACGUUCAGUAUGGCGGUGAGGACGGCAUUGCCUGCAUCACUUCUGACACACAGAUCAAGUAUUUGUCAAGGUUGUUAGGAGUAAAUGCGGCUGUGCUGACGGAGGCACUCACACACAAAAAGAUAAUCGCCAAGGGAGAGGAGCUGAUCAGCCCUCUGAACUUAGAACAGGCAUCCUCAGCUCGGGAUGCUUUGUCAAAGGCAGUGUAUGGACGCACUUUCACCUGGCUUGUCAACAAGAUCAACACUUCACUGGCAUACACGGAGGACUCUUACAAGCACUACUCUGUCAUUGGGCUGCUGGACAUCUAUGGCUUUGAAGUCUUCCAACACAACAGCUUUGAGCAGUUCUGCAUCAACUACUGUAAUGAGAAGUUACAACAGCUUUUCAUUGAGCUCACACUCAAAUCGGAGCAGGAGGAGUACGAAGCCGAGGGCAUCACGUGGGAACCAGUGCAGUACUUCAACAACAAGAUCAUCUGUGACCUGGUGGAAGAGAAGUUUAAAGGCAUCAUAUCCAUUCUGGAUGAAGAGUGUCUGAGACCCGGAGAUGCCAGUGACAUCACCUUCCUUGAGAAGCUGGAGAACACCGUGGGAGGUCAUCCACACUUUGUCACUCAUAAGCUUGCUGAUGGAAAGACGCGGAAGAUAAUGGGUCGUGACGAAUUCCGACUGCUGCAUUAUGCUGGAGAGGUCAACUACAAUGUCAAUGGUUUCCUGGACAAGAACAAUGACCUGCUCUUUCGGAACUUGAAAGAGGUUAUGUGCAUGUCAGAGAACAAGAUCCUGAACCAGUGUUUCGACAGGGACGAGCUGAGUGACAAGAAACGUCCAGACACGGCAGCAACCCAGUUCAAGGCCAGUCUGGCAAAACUCAUGGAGAUCCUCAUGUCCAAGGAGCCAUCAUAUGUUCGCUGCAUCAAGCCCAAUGACUCCAAGCAAGCAAGUCGCUUUGACGAUGUUCUGAUCCGUCACCAGGUCAAGUACCUGGGACUGAUGGAGAAUCUGAGGGUGAGGCGAGCUGGCUUUGCUUAUAGACGGCGCUACGAGGUUUUCCUGCAGAGGUACAAGUCCCUGUGCCCAGAGACUUGGCCAAACUGGGAGGGCAAACUGUCUGAUGGAGUUGCUGCGUUGGUCAAGCACCUGGGGUACAAGCCUGAAGACUACAAGCUGGGCAGGUCAAAACUUUUCAUCCGUUUCCCGAAGACCUUAUUUGCCACUGAAGAGGCCCUAGAGACCAGGAAGCACAGUCUUGCCACCAUGUUGCAGGCAGGAUGGAGGGGCUAUAGCCAGAGGUCAAGGUACCAAAAACUUAGAACUUCAGCUAUUGCUGUUCAGGCAUGGUGGAGGGGGAUCUUGGGUAGGAGGAGGGCCAAACACAGACGGCAGGCUGCUGACACCAUCCGCAGGUUCAUCAAAGGCUUCAUUUACCGCCACAAGGAGCGCUGUCCAGAAAAUGAGUAUUUCCUUGAUUACGUGCGCUACUCCUUUCUCAUGAAGCUGCGCAGGAACCUGCCAAAGAACGUUCUGGACAAAAGCUGGCCCAUGCCACCAGCAGCUCUUACAGAGGCUUCAGAACAUUUGCGGAAGCUCUGCAUGCAGAACAUGGUGUGGAGCUACUGCAAGAAGAUCAGCCCAGAGUGGAAACACCAGAUGGACCAGAAGAUGAUUGCAAGUGAGAUAUUUAAGGAAAAGAAAGACAACUACCCACAAAGUGUACCCAAGCUGUUUGUCAGCACUAGACUGGAUGGCGAGAACAUAAAUCCCAAGGUUUUGCAGACUCUGGGAAAUGAGAAGUUGAAGUAUGCAGUGCCAGUCACCAAGUACGACAGGAAGGGCUACAAGGCCCGUCCACGCCAGCUGCUUCUGACGGCAAACUGUGCCAUUAUUGUAGAGGAUGCCAAGCUCAAGCAACGCAUUGACUAUGAUGCUCUGAAAGGUAUCUCUGUCAGCUCUCUCAGCGAUGGUCUGUUUGUUCUGCACGUGCCCAGUGAUGAUAACAAACAGAAGGGAGAUGUGGUUCUACAAAGUGAACACGUGAUUGAGACCUUGACCAAGAUUGCCAUAUGUGCUGACAAAGUAAACACCAUCAACAUCAACCAGGGCAGUAUAACAUUUACAGUGGGCCAAGGAAAAGAAGGGUUCAUUGACUUCACACCUGGAUCAGAGCUGUUGGUGGCUAAGGCUAAGAAUGGGCACCUAUCUGUGACGGCUCCGAGGCUGAACUCCAGAUGAUUUCUGAUCCAGAUCCUCUGAUAUCUCACGCACACACAAACACACACACACUCAUGCACACACAGACCGAUCUACUCAUCCAUCUUCCGAUCACUUGACCUCAAACCCAGCUCUGCUUUAGCCAAUCACGUACCAACUUGUCACCAUGUCGUGCCGGUGUUCGCUUCCAAUUUUAAGAUAACCGAUCCAGCAAUACUAAUUGAUAUAUUUGUGUUUAUAUAUUAUAUUUUUGGGAUUAAUACUGUUGGAAUAUUGUAAUUUUAUCAGUGAGGCCAAGGAAUAACAGAUAUUUGUGUGUUUUUCUAGGAACCUUUGUGCUUAUUUGUGAUUUAUUUGGGAACAUGACCAAGCAAACAAUGAGAGAAGAAAGUGGUCAUUGUGGAGAAAUCAGGAUGCUAUCUUUUAUAUUCGUUCCUUAUUUUUUUCUUUCUUUUGUUUCUCGUCAGUGCUUUCUGUAAUACUUUUGAGAGUCUGAUCGCAUGUGGUCAAAGGACAAGGUUAAGAGAUGGUGAACAACUCCAAUAACAGAUGUGUUAAGCUUUUGAGAGAUGGAAAUACUACUGACUUCGUAUUCAUUCAGCUUGCUCGUACUCCGACACAAAGGGAGCUGAUGAUGAGGGGCAAACUGCAUUAACUGUGCGCACAUGAACAACUUGAACUCUCAGUGUAGUGAGGUGAGGAGAGUGCAGCGGGAGAGUGAGGGGAUGGUCACAGUUGUUACUUGCCUCACUCUUGUGCCUCUCCUUUUGUCUAACGUACUUGGAAUGAAAAUGUUUCAGCGUUGCUCACCACGGUGGACGACGCCUCCUCCUCCAUCCUUCCACAAGCAUUCUCUACUUUACUUCUUGUGUCUCCUCUCUACUUGGUACAACCUGACUGGUCUUUGUAGCUUGCAUCAGGCAUGCAGCUAAUCCUUUCUCAAAGUCAGCCUGUAUUUUACACCGCUGUGCCUCUCAAAGAGACAACCUCACAAUGGUUUAAUAUUAGCGUUAUAGAUGGCUAAUUCAAUCUGAAAUAGACAAAAAGGGCUAACGAUUUUAAGCCACUUAAAUUGAUCUUAUUUAACAUUGCUUCUUUGUGUUGUUUUGUUCAUGUUUAAUUGGAUUGGAAAGGAUCAUUACUACUGUUGUAGAUGUCAGAUGACUAUUGCAUAGUGAAUUGUAGUCUGUAAGCCUUAAAGAGGUGCAAAAGCCCCCAAAUUUGUUUGAAAGAAUACAGUAUGUUGUAUGUGCCCCCACUAGUCUAAACGCAGAAACCAUCAUGUUGAUGACAUAAUGGUUUGAAACCAUCGUCAUCAACCCUUGGUUAUGCUAGUUAUCACAACAUACACAGUCCACUAAGCCGUUUUGCAGCUUUGAUCACGUGACCUUCCGUAUAUAGCUAGCGUAAUGCGCGAGGGUAGUUGUGAGGUUAAUUUUAGUCAAUAGGGUGAUUUUACCCAACACGGAGGUGGAUGAAAAUUUUAUUUGUUUUAAUUCUAUCCCAUGAAGGCAAUAUUAAUCCACGAGUAUGCGGGGGUCCACAGUGAUAAUGUUCACUAUUUUCAGUGUUUUUAACAUUGGACACAAUAUUUAAUGUCUGUAAUUAUUCACACUCUUCCUCAACUCAGGCAAAUCCAGUGAUCCAAUAUUAGAAUGCUCUGGGUUUUGCUAAAAGUUACCAAGAUCCUUUAGAAGGGUGACAAACAUUACACUUCAAAAAUUGUCAUUGAUAAGAAUAUUAAAACAAAUAUUUGUCAUUACCUCUAAUACAACAAAUCUUUACACACAUAUACAGUCAGAAAAUAUAAUAUAUGUAACAGCAGCUCCUAUAAUAGAGCAGAUGUAAAAAAAUAUAUACGUGAAAUCCAAACUCUGCAAAGUCCAGUUGCCUGUGAGAAGGUUCGAAACUCAAUGCUCAGUUUGAGAGGGUUGCCAAAAUUGUUCCAAGGGUCGUUGUUUUUGCAGACUUGACUCCAAGGCGGGUGCAAUAUGCCAAGACUGCUGCUUCACUUAAAAGCCAAAGUACCAUUUGAUUUAUGAUUAUUAUCUGUUGUAUAAUUUCUUUUACUUGUUUUUGUUUUGAUCUGAUUUUAUUUGAUUUCAGGAGGGAGACUUGUACAGUUUGUGUUCUGUGAUACAUGGCAUGUGGAAGCCAAGUUUCAUGAUGUAAAACAUUUUGGGAGACAAAGCAUUUAGAAUAGUUCCAUGUGCCUUGUUGCAUAGCAAUAUUAAGAGACUAAGAGACGGACAAGAGGUCAUACCUCCUUGUCUGUUAACUCUGCCAGAGCAAACUUUGUUGUUUCACUGCUUUGCAAAAACAAAACAAAACAAAAAAAAUAAUAAAUCCUAUCUUGUGUAACAGUUUUAUUGAUACCAAAUCCUAA